AUGAAGAGAGAUAGUCGUGAUAAUUCUGCUGGCACGCCCCCUGCGAAGGUACAAAAGAAUGAUUCCUCCAAAGUGACCGUCCGUUUUUUGAUACCAGCGCGUGCCGCCGGUCUUAUAAUUGGCAAAGGCGGAGAGAACAUUAAGAAGAUUCGCUCACAGUAUUCAGUGAAGCUCAAUAUUCCCGACAACCGAGGCAUUGAACGAGUGUUUACGGUUGAAGGUGAACUCUCAGCGAUCGCCAAUGUCGUUCGAGAAAUCGUCCCAAAAAUAAAGGACGUUAUGAAUGCCAAGCUCUCCGAUCCUAAGCGCAUUAUGGGAUACCAGAGACCGCCCCGUCGUCGCCGGGGACCAAAUGGUGAAGAACUGGAAGAAGAAGAGGAAGACGAGGGAAUGAUUGAUCUCAGAAUGCUCGUCCAUCAAAGCGUGGCAGGGUCAAUUAUCGGCAGAGGUGGUGAACGCAUUCGCGAGCUUCGAUCGAAACACAAAAUGCGCGUAAUCAAAGUUUAUCAGAUGUUGGCCCCACUCUCCACAGACCGAGUGGUUCAGUUGGUCGCAGAGCCUGAAAACGCCAUCAACUGUCUGGAAUCUGUUGUUGAAGUAGUUGAGGUAUGCGCCUAG